UGGAGAGUCACCUAUCAUAAAACCAUCCCGCGUCUGCGUUUGCAUCUGCGUCCGCGUUUGCGUCCGCGUCGAGACGAACUUCAGGCGGUUAUUAUUCCUAAUCCCAUUGCUUUUCAGCAAACCCGAACGGCCGAACCAGAAAUCAAAUAGGAAGCGUUUCCGCUGAGCACCGCCUCAAGCGACGCCGUUUCUAUGUCUCUAGUGGACUACGACGUCUCCUCAUCGGACGACGACGACGAUCGGAAGGAGAAGCCGCCCUGUCCUCAAACAGAAGCCUCUCCUGCGCCGUAUGUGGCUCGUACCGUCUUGAAGCCCAAGUCUUCUCCAGCAAAGCAAGAAGAUAGUUCAGGGCUUCCGCCACCGAUGAUUGAGAAGCUUCCAGAUGCUUCGCUCCUUUUGAACUCACCGACUAUACCACUGGUGAGCGGUAAUGACCAUGCUUCACGUGUGGCCGCUGCAAGAGCAGAAAGCGCAUUACGGAAGAGAGACAGAAAUGGGCACCCUUCAUCUCUUCCCCGCAGCAAACUUCCAAAAGGAAAAUUGGCUCAUUCAAAGAAUAUUCCAGAAACUGUUGGCAGUUUGCUGUUGCCUCCACAGCUCAAGGGAAGGAGCAACGUUGCCACAGAGGACAUCGGGAAGCUUUUUGUAAAGAAGCAACCUGACUCGGGAGCCAGAGGAUCUCCAAGUCAAGCAUGAUAAUCCUUAAUCUCUUAAUCCGAACUUUCUUGUGCCUUUGAAACGCUAAACCGAUGUUGUAGCCGUUAGCUGUUCAGGUAGAUAAGAUUGCAUCAGCCAUUUCAGAGAAUUUUGCAAGGUAUUUUCACAGUUUCACUUUGUUUUGGACGAGACCUAAUAUGUUGUCUGUGAAGUCACUGUUGGUUUACGGGCACAUUAGGUCUGUUGUUUUCACUAACUCCCUAAAGUUUCAGUAUCUCUGCCUUGUCUU